GCGGAUGUUGAUAUGUGAACACCGCGACAGCAAUUUCCUGUGAGCUAGCUUCACAGCUAAACAUUGAUAAAUUACAGCGGGUAAAACUUAUCAUAACAGUGUACGCAGAAAUACAUUCAGGUUUUACGGUUAACAGCUUGGGUGGUUAUAGCGUGACAUCUCAGUUUGAAGUGACUCAGCUGAGAAGGAAAAGUUUUCGUGUCAUCGUAUCACCAAAGUUAAUUAGCAUGCUAGCAAAACACAACAGGAAGUUAGCUUAGCCUUGAGAGUCAACCCAGUAUUAUGAGGCUUGCGUCUCUUUAUAUAUGUUAAUUUCAAAUAGCAUGUUUGAAAUGGACAACGAGGCUAUAGUAAUCCGCAUAAAAACACCGCUGGGAGACAUGGACUCGUCCGUGGACUCUGCAUCUCUUCUGAACUUCAAUGACUUGAUGGUCGCAAUCAGGGAUGUGAUGCCAGAAGCUACUGUCACGGCAUUUGAAUAUGAAGAUGAGGUGGGAGACAGAAUCACGGUCAGAAGUGAUGAAGAACUCAAAGCCAUGUUGUCAUACUACUUAAACACAGUAAAUGAACAACGCAUGAAUGGACUGCUGCCAGAUCCUCUACAAAUUUUUCCAAGAGCCGGCAAGACUCCAGGGAUCCGGAACAUACAUGGCCUGAAGGUCAAUACUAGACCCAACCCUGAAAGUGACAGCACUCAUGCUGUAUCUGACUCCAUAGCCAACAACAGCUUAAAAAAGUCAUCAGCUGAACUCAAGAAGAUCUUGACAAACGGGCAGCAGAUAAAUGCCCAAGAUAUCCACUAUCAAGAGCUGCUUGGCCAUGGAAAUGGAGGCACAGUUUACAAAGCGUACCAUGUUCUUGGCAAUCGGGUUUUAGCUGUCAAGGUCAUUCCUCUGGAUAUUACUGUGGAGUUACAAAAGCAAAUUAUGUCAGAAUUAGAAAUUCUUUACAAGUGCGAUUCCCCGUACAUCAUCACGUUCUUCAGUGCCUUCUUUGUAGAGAACAGGAUAUCCAUAUGCACAGAAUUUAUGGAUGGUGGAUCUUUGGAUGUCUACAAAACAAUUCCAGAGCUUGUGUUGGGGAGGAUCGCAGUGGCGGUAGUCAAAGGCCUGACAUAUCUGUGGAGCCUGAAGAUACUUCACAGAGAUGUCAAGCCUUCCAAUAUGCUGGUGAACACCCGAGGACAAGUCAAGCUGUGUGACUUUGGUGUCAGCACACAGUUAGUAAACUCCAUCGCAAAGACAUAUGUGGGAACCAACGCAUAUAUGGCACCAGAGAGAAUAUCAGGAGAACAGUAUGGUAUACAUGCAGAUGUCUGGAGUGUUGGGAUCUCUUUUAUGGAGCUGGCACUGGGAAUGUUCCCCUAUCCACAAAUUCAGAAAAAUCAAGGAUCCUUAAUACCUCUCCAGUUACUGCAAUGCAUCGUUGAUGAGGACCCUCCAGUGCUUCCUGUUGGAGAGUUCAGUGAAAUGUUUGUUCACUUCAUCACUCUCUGUAUGCAACGAAACCCAAAGGAGAGACCUGCACCCAACAACCUAAUGGAUCAUCCCUUCAUCAUCCAGUUUAAUGAUGGAAAUGCAGAGGUGGUGUCCAUGUGGGUUUGCCGCUCUCUGGAGGAGAGGCGCACUCAGCAGGCUCAUUAAUGCCUCCAACCGUCCUCUGAUGGACACAAACGUUUGACUUUAAACGUCUGCAAAAGCCUGUACAGUCAAGAAUGUUUCCUUGUAUGAAACCCUCACAGAACUGUAUUUUUUGGACAAGAAAUUGGGUUAUUACAUGCGAUAUAUCAACUAUUCUUUUUAUUUUUUUUUAGCACAAAGUAUUAUUUUCAGUACCACCCUGCAAACCCGGAAAUGUUCUGAACAUUUUGAUGAAGGAAGAUAAAUAUUUAUGGUCCAAAAGAGUGCACAACUUCAAAACCUGACAAUCCAACAUGAUCAGCCUGUGCUUUCCUGUUUUCUAUUGGGAUAUUAUAUUGCACAUCUGGACCAGAGCAAAUAUUUAAUAUCAAAGUUAUGAGAUUUCUCAUCAACAGGGCUAAAAUUAGACUAAUUCUACAUUUUUUUUUUUACCAUCAGUGUGAUGCCCAGUAAACCUGCAGUGUGUCAUUUCUGAACUCCGCAACGGAAAACUUCCACUUGGUAUAUUGUUGUCAUGAAAAGAGGUUUUUAUGUGCUUUGAGUCAGUUUACAGUUGGGUUGCACUUUGUUUUGUUGUUUUUGCAGAUUAACUGUUUUUUUUCUCUCUUCAUUUCUUCCUUGAAAAUGAAAACAUUUUAAAUAUAAAAGAAAAAGACAGGACAGUUUAGAAAAACCAAAAUCAUAUAUUUAUUUUUUUUAUAUUUCACAUUCACAGUGUGCCCAAAAUAUCUAAGAAAGUAAAGCAAAUAGAUAAUCAUUGAAAUACCUUCAGAUAAUAGAACGAAAACAAAAAUUCAAAUUCUUGGUACACCAAAGAGGAGCUAAAUGCUGAAAUAGCUACAGGAAAUUCAAAACUCUGACAGAUCUCAAUGGUCUUUAUUUGCAUCCAAUGAAAUCUAAUUCAUUCAAAUGUAAUCCCAUUACUUAUGUGGUUCACAAAGAAAACGGAGGGGUAUGAUAUGUAGUGUAAGAAUCAAGAGACACAUUUUUGUUGUAAACUGCUGGCACAUAAAGAAUUAUCUAAUCUGUGAAAUAGAUUUAAAUUCAGGUAAACCCAGAACUGCAUCUUUUGACUAGCUGAAAUGCUAUCUCAACAUUUCUAGCUCUUAAGAACUAAAACAGAAUCACUCAAAAGAUGGACGAAAUUUCCAAAUGUGUCUCAGACCCAAACACAGGCUAGAUGUGUGAAGAUGAUCAUGACACUUUUUUUUUGUUUUUGAAGGACUUUCCUUAUUGAAAAACAAGCAAAGUUUUUUAAAUUUCACAUCUGCUACUUCUUUUCUCUGCACUUUUAAUCAUUUGAUUACAUAGAAGUUGUAACGAUGAUGUUUUUCAGAGAUCCAUCCAGCAAUGGUACACAGUGUGUGUGUGCUGUAGACUGCAAAGUCGAGCACUUCAGUCCUGUGCUCUUUCAGAAGCUCAUCAGGGAACUCUGCUUCUGCUGGUUGUGGUUAAAACUUCAAAUACAACAUUUUUAAGUGAACUUGAAAUGUGAUUUGUGGACCUGAACACGUUAGCCUUAAAUGUUACAGAUUUACAAUAUAUUUAGCUCAAAAAAUAUAAGGAAUUAUUGUUUAUGUUAUGAUUCUGCUAUGAACGAGGGACUCAUUUGUGUGUCUUUUUUAAUGCUCAGCUUGAUGACAGCAUGUCUGGUGUCCUGCUCGUAUUUUGUUCUUGUUCAAACCACAGAGUCUCUGUUUAGUAAUGAUGCGCAGCAGAAGCCUCAGUGCUGUGAAAUGACUGACUGAACAGGCCGCCCCUUUUUUAACGUUUUUUUUAUGUCUGUUGGCACAAAACAUGUUAAAUAAAAGUUAUUUGAACAAACGUUCACA